AUGAACAAGCCAGUAGUGACCCACAAUUAUGGCUUGAAAUCAACGGCACCAAAUCCAGUGUUAUUGUCCGUGAUGACGUGCCCAUUUCGACGCGCCUCAUCUCAGCAGCAGUUUGCCAAUGGCGGCGCUUCCGGCAAAAAGCCAGAGUUCCGGUCGCGACAGUCGUCCUUCCACCUCCCCGGGCCUGAUGAAGAAGAAACGGAAAGAAACACCCUCACGUUGAAACAUCUGAGCGAGGCAUUGCAGUUACUCACAGCGCCGUCGAACGAGUGUCUACAUGCUGCGGUUACAUCGCUGACCAAGAAUCAAGCAGAGCAUUAUGACAAGUACAACUGUUUCUCCGUUUUGUUCAGACGAAGAUUACCCGACGACGUAAGAACCUGGAGGAAUUAUGCAUAUUUAGAAGAAAUUUACGACGCUGUGCGUGCAACUGAUAGCAUGAACACAGAAGAUUUCAUGGCAAAACUAGGAGAAUACUUGAUACUAACAGCAUUUUCACACAACUGUCGGUUGGAGAGAGCAUUCAAGUGCCUAGGGACUAAUCUAACAGAGUUUCUAACCACUCUUGACAGCGUUCACGAUGUUUUACAUGAUCAGGACGACGUGUUGAAGGACGAAACUAUUGAAUACGAGGCCGCGUUUAUGUGCACAACGUCGAGGGACAAGAUUGAAUUGUAUCUUACAACAGAAUGCGAGCCGGUUGCCUAUUUAUUAGUGGGAAGCCUCAGGGCAAUCGCUAGGCGCCUCUACGAUACACAAACUGACAUAAAACUGAUGAGUUUUACGAACGACCCGAGGAGAUUCAGGUAUGAAAUCAACGCCGUACCACUGCAGCAAAAACCUAAACCAGAUAAUUGCGAGGCGGCUGGCAACGCUUCCUGCGUCGCCUCAUCGAGUAAAGUAACGGACUUACGUAUCGGCGUUGCGAGCUUUUGCAAAGCUUUUCCCUGGCAUUUUGUGACGGACAAACGGUUGGAGCUCGUACAGUUGGGGGGUGGUUUUAUGAGAUUAUUUGGUACUUACCUCGCAACACAUGGAUCUGCUCUGGGCACAUACUUCAGAAUGUUGCGACCACGUGGAGUACCACUUGAUUUCCGUGAGAUUUUGAAGAGAGUUAACACACCAUUUAUGUUUUGUUUGAAAAUACCUGGAUCCACAUCUCUCGCAGAGGGACUCGAAAUUAAGGGUCAGAUGGUUUUUUGUUCAGAGUCGGAUUCGCUACUUUUCGUCGGUUCACCCUUUUUAGAUGGUCUUGAAGGGCUUACAGGAAGAGGGCUCUUCAUUUCGGACAUUCCUUUACACGAUGCCACUAGGGAUGUUAUUUUGGUUGGAGAACAAGCAAGGGCACAAGAUGGUCUAAGAAGAAGGAUGGACAAAUUAAAGAAUUCAAUCGAGGAGGCCAGCAAAGCCGUAGACAAGGAACGGGAAAAAAAUGUCAGUCUAUUGCAUUUGAUAUUUCCACCUCAUAUCGCAAAAAAAUUAUGGUUGGGGGAGAAAAUCGAAGCGAAAAGUCACGAUGACGUCACUAUGCUGUUUAGCGACAUUGUUGGUUUCACAUCUAUAUGCGCAACAGCGACCCCUAUGAUGGUCAUCGCGAUGCUUGAAGAUUUGUAUAGUGUGUUCGACGUGUUUUGUGAAGAGCUGGACGUUUAUAAGGUGGAGACAAUUGGUGAUGCAUAUUGCGUUGCAAGUGGGCUUCAUCGUAAGAUCGAUACCCAUGCUCCGCAAAUAGCUUGGAUGGCAUUGCGAAUGGUGGAAACUUGUGCUCAGCAUCUUACGCACGAAGGAAACCCUAUAAAGAUGCGUAUAGGUCUUCAUACCGGUACUGUCCUCGCCGGUGUUGUCGGAAAAACAAUGCUUAAAUAUUGCCUAUUCGGUCACAACGUCACGCUUGCCAAUAAGUUCGAAUCUGGCUCGGAGCCGCUGAAGAUUAACGUCAGUCCCACAACUUAUAAAUGGCUAAUAAAUUUUCCGGGUUUCGAAAUGGAGCCGCGGGAUCGCUCUUGCCUCCCGAAUUCUUUCCCCAAGGACAUUCCAGGGACAUGCUAUUUUCUGCACAAAUACACUCAUCCGGGGACUGACCCAAAUGCGUCACAGGUGAAACAUAUAGAGGACGCGUUGAUUGAUUUCGGCAUUGGGCAAGCAAAGGCAAUAGCCGCCGAUAGUGAAGAAUCUACG